UUUUUUAUACAAUAUUUCAAUGUUAUUGUUAGUUUUGAUUUGUCAAUUAAGCAUAUCAUAUAACAUUGCAUUGAACACAUUUAUAUGAUUAAAUGGUGCAAACACUAUUUAUAUUUGAAUUACUUUGAAUUGUGUGUGUUGGUCAUUUUUAUCAAAUAAACAAUAAGAAAAAAAAAACAUAAUAUACAAAAUAAUGGAAUUACAUAGAUUAGAUUAGAACAUAACAAAUGAGUGCAAUGCGAAAGAGAAACAGAUAUGGAAGGCCGAGGAACACUUUUUCGUGAAAUUCACAAAAACACAUGGCUAAAACGGGUUAUUGCCGACAAUCGAAAGAUUCCCGUUGGCAUAAAGAAACCUGAGAAGUAUUGGGUGGUGUUUUGUGUUCAUGAUGAUUGUGAAGCAUUAUUGGAAGGCUAUGCUGAACCGCGACAGGCCCCCUCACAUUCACCCGAUUGGACUGUUUCGCUUCAAACUACUUUACACAUAUCACAUACAUUAGUGCCAUCCGAAAAUGAGUAUGAAUUUGUAAUUGCGCUCGCCGGCGAGACACUUCGAUUCAAUGCAUCAUCAUGGGAAAUAAUGCAAGAGUGGGUAGACACGUUGCGCUUGAAAUUGCGUGAAAUGAAAAUUUUAUCGCCAAAAGAAAAUUUAUAUAGUAAAUUGCCAGAAGUUCGUCCACCAUUGUUGCCAACUAGAGAUCCAACAAGGGAUCCACUGCCUGCAACACCGCCCGUACCAGCUGCCAUUGUGCCAGGCGUUGAACGAAUUGUAAAUACAACACAAACUAGUCGAACACCAUUGGCCGCAACCACAUCCACCACACUUCCAUUAAAUAGCAAUGCACUGCACGUAGCGACAGCAAAUCAACAAUCAUCUGAAUCGACUACAUUAAACAGCAGCGAUGGCACGGAACGAAUUCAAAAUCGUCGAAAUACAUCACCGUCAUUGCGCAAUCAAACACAACAUGACAAUGAAAAUGAUGGAAGCAGCGAAGACAGUUUUGCUGUUGAAACAAUAAUUACAACAUCAACACCCAUAUCAUCAACAUCUAAUACACUUUCACAGAAUCUGAUUAAAAUGCUGUAUCCACUCCCGAAUUUUAGCCAACAAACUAAUGAACCCGUCAUUUUACAAAAUGAUCUAGAAAGCAAUGAUUCAUUUGUAUCGGAUGCUUCAACAUCGGAUAUUAUCAGUGAACCAAAAAGCGAUGAGAAUAAAAAUGAACAUGUACAUUCUUUGGCACGAACUUUUGCUGCCAAUGUUCUAUUUGAUGCAAAUACCAGUUCAAGCUCAAAACGUACACAGAAUAAUGUUGCUAAUACAACAACAUUAUCGUCCAGCGCAUUGCCCAACAAUCGUGAUGUGGCUGAAGAUUCAAUCAGCGUGGACUCAUCUGUAUAUGGAAUAUAUCCAACACCUGAACCAAUCGUUAUUCCAAGGCCGCAAACAACGCGCGGAUCAGCUGCAAAAUCAAAAAAAGUUGAACCAGCCGACAGUCAAUCGAAUGAUACAACGGCUGAUGGUGCCGCUGCAACAACAAAUAUAACCAUAAUUCAAGUGUCAAGUGCAAAUAAAAUAAAUGUAAAUGCACAAAAUGAAAGUGCUGAGAAACCUGAUUUAAACUACAUGAAUAACGUCCAAAUUAUACCGUCCAACUAUUUGCCGAACGAUCAAAGUGCAGUGCAAGUCACAACAGUGCAAGUUACAAACGAUUCAAAUACUCCAAAUUGUCAACAAAUCAAGGAACAAUCGGUUCUAACGUCGUCAGUCACUAAAAAUAUUUUAAGCACUUCGCUUGAAGCUCACGAUGAUAUUCAAAGUGCACGUCAAUUUGGGGCUGUAACAAAUAUUUCGAUUGGUGCAAACGAGAAACAAGCCUUUCAGCAACAGGAACAAUUACAUUAUGAACAAGUAUUCAUUACGCAUACACCAUCCGGCGCAUCGAUUUCAACCGGAAACAACACUGAAUCGAAUGAAAUCCAACCCAAAAUCAAUCGAAUUAAAGUCGAUUCAGCACAUAGAUUGCCAUCUGAUGACUCCGCCGAAAUUCGACCAUCCACAUCAACAUCGAGUACAGUCACAUUUUCUGUAGCAGCUAUUGCUGCUGCCGCAACCGAUACAAACAUAUCAAAUUCAGUAUCAAAAUCAAAAGAUUCAACUAAAAGUAGUCAUGAAAAUGAUUUGUUAUCAUCGCGAAGACCAGUUUUAUCAAGAGGCGUCACCGAAGCGGUUAUUAUGAGACCCAGUCGAAAAGACGUUAACAUGCUACUGAAUCGAAUUAAUCCACAAGGGAAUCAUUGUUCGCCAUCUGAGUUCCACACAAAUUCCCAACAUCGUGACUCAGCCGAACAAAGAAAACGAAGUUCAUCCACAUCCGAUACACAGAGAAAUCGUACACGCUCAAACAAUAAUAACGUAUCUUCCAGUGGUAAUGCCUCAAACAAUAAUUCGGAAUUUCGUCGAACGGUAGCGCAGCCCAAUCAACCAUUUCGACCGAAUGUCGAUAUAUCGCUACGUGCUUCUGGUCGUAUGACAUUGCGUGAACAACAAGUGAUGCAACUUCGACGUGAAAUGUGUCACGUGGGUGGUGUUCGACUACAGCUACGAAAAAAAGACUGUACUAGUUCAAUUGCCUUUGUCGAUGCAUUCGGUGCAGCAUGGAUAUCUGGAUGGAAACAAAAAGAACACCCAAUGCUGUACAAUGCACUGCAUAUCGGUGAUCAAAUCAUAUCAAUAGGCGGAGUCACUGUGACGAAUGCCAAAGAAGCGAAUAAAAUUAUCAACAAUUCAACUGGCCAAUUCAUCGAAUUCAUAAUUCGACGAGUUCCAUUUGGAAGAGUGUAUGCAAUUCGAAGGGAAAUCGAUCGUCAAUGCUUGGGGUUAAUUAGAGAUGGUAAUACGGCUACAAUAGUCGAUGUUGUGCCAAAUUCAUUGUCAGCAAGACAUGGACUACCGCCAAAGGCUCAAUCUUGUGAUGGACUAUCGCUUACAUUCUGGGUUUUAACGGAAAUCAAUGGACGACCGCUCAAUCUAUUUUUCAAGGAUAAUGAAGUCAGAGAUCGGUUAAAUGCCGUUGGUCGCGAUAUAUCAAUAUUGGUUCAACCGUCCGACCUCGUAUCGAAACUGAAAAAACAACUCAAAUCUCUGCGAAACCAUAAAGAUUAUAUUGUGCAAUAGCUAUAACUAUAACUACUUUCUCUUUACAUUAUUAUUUUUUUACCCUUUAUAUUAUCUUCAAAUUUACUUUUUGUUCUGUUUUCUGUAUAACUCUGUAUUGAGGGUGUAUGUAACAUAUGAAUCUUUUUUUUUGAAAAAUAACGUCGCGAUAAAAAAUUUAGAAAUGAAUUUUUGCUAAUAGAAAUGUUACACCCCAUACUGUAUCCAUAAAUUAAUGAGCAAACCGAACCAGUAGCUUGUAAUUUAUAGCAUUCCAAUUAUACACUUUUUCAAAUGCUAAUCAUUCAUUUCAAAAAGUAAUGGACUCAUUUUAACAAAAAAAAACAUAUAAACUCGUCUAUUUCAAAGAAAAAAGACAAAUUUUUUUAAAAGGCACUGCCGUUCUAGGAUUGAUUACAUUGUAGUACUCAUUCAUAUGGGUGAUACAUUUUUUGAGUGGAUUUUAUAUGCAUGUGAAACACACACAAAAAAAAACGAUAUUUUUAUAGAUGCAAUUUAUCCAACCUUUGACCAUUGGUUUUCGAAAUAUUUUUAGACAUUUUGUGAACGCUGAAUCAAUUGUAUUAAUUGUAAUAACAGUAUUGAUUACUUUUGGAGAAUAUAUACACAGUAAUGCAUACAAUUUUAGAUUCGAUACAUUAUAAGUCAUCAUAGUCACAAAAUCGUUAGCGUCCAUACCUUUUUAUCCCUCUGAUAAACAUGAUUUCUCGUUUUCUAGGUAGGUCAAAUUUUAAAUGAAAUUUAAACAAAUGCAACGUGAUUGAAAAUAUGAGAAUAGAAGUGAGUGAGUGAGUGAGAGAGAGAUGAAAUAUCGUGAAAG